AUGGACUAUGCGAAACUAAAGAGGCAAAUGCUACAGGAGAUAUUGGCAGCCCAAGGACGAGCAGCCGGUACCCAACCUAAAGCUAACCUGAUUGCCACCCUCAUGGAGGAUGGUCUACAGAGCGGUGGGGCUGUGGCCCCACAACUGGAGGUCGAGAAGGAUGACUUCGAUAAUGAGAUGGCCUGUCUAUUUGCCUACUAUUUGGGAAGCCCAUCCCAGGAGAUCAUGGCCAGGACCAUCUCAGAGGUCCAGACCUACAUCCUGGUAAAGGCGGGCCGGGCAGCGGAGAUGACCCCUGCCAUCUCGAAACCCAAGGUGCCGUACACUGCAUUCAAAAUUUUCAUCGAAGCAGAGGAGGACAUUGACAAGUGCCUCUUGCACAAAAUUGCUCCCUCUUCUUGGGUCCCCCUGCUCACCGGGAAGGCUGCCAAUGUCUUUAGAGCUGUGUCAGCAGAUGGGUUGAGGGAUUAUGACCUGGUAAAGAAGGUCCUACUAGCCAGAUAUGCGGUGACCCCGAAUGCUUAUCGCAGGAAGUUUUUGGGGAGACAAGACUUUCAUGCCGAGUGGGAUUGUCAUCUGACCCGGGUAGCCAAAAAUUGGAUGAACUCCCAGGACACUAAGUCCCCCAAGGCUAUCCUCAAGCUGUUCCUUCUGGAACAAUUCUACAAUGGUCUCUCCACUGAGGUGCACGAAUGGGUAAGAGACUAUCCCCAUAGGAUAAACUGCUCCUCCUCCAACCGAGUCAGGCACGGUUGGAGGAGGAGCAGUUUAUCAGGGAGUGGGGACUGUCAUAUUGCAUAG